GAAAGACGACCAUAUUGAAUUUUCAUAAAUUAGAAUUGUGACGCGUCGAGAUUUCGCUGUGUAGAAAAGUUAAUAUUUAUUGUGGAAAAAGUGAAAAUUUUCUUACAAAAAUAUUGAAAAAAUAUAGUUGAAUACACAUUUAAUACGAUAGUGAUAAAAGUAAGUAGCGGAAAAGUUGGAAAGUGCGCAAAUAUUGGAAGUGAAAAAUUGUCAGCGGAGCGCUAGUUGAAAGUUUCCAUGCAUAUAUGUAUAUUUCACAAAAGUUGAAGAAGAAGCAAUAGGCAAUUAAAAAGUUAUAUGAGCAUAGAAAAGUAGCACAGAGGAAAGAAAUAAAGAAAGAAAUAAGUGUUGGAGAAGGGAAAGGAGAAGAAGCGAGAGAAGCAACUCGUGAAAAAAGCCAAACAAACGCACAAGGCAUACGUGCUGCUGCGUGGCGUGUUAGUUUUUAGAAAGCAAUCACAUUGGAGGUGUGGUGUACAACAAAACUAACUUCCGCUUUAGAGCAAAAUCUUUAUCAAAGAAAAAUUAAAAAUUAUAUAAAAUAGUUUUGUGGCACGGUAUUUGCCCUCUGUACUGUAAUGAGUGUCGCUGCAAUGACUAUGGACGAUCAAAGACCUUUGAUGAACAGUUACGAUAAAAUGUCUAAACAAUAUGAACAAAAUUUGCAUGGUAAUACCGGACUAGGUGGUGGGGGUGGCGGCAAUGGUUUAGGUGCUGGCGGAGCACCACCAUCUGGGCCUGCCUCGCCAACUCCAUCCGGUAGCGAAGAGCCUUCGCAUCAAUAUCAUCAUUCACAUCAUCAUCAUUCUCAUCAUCAUCAUCAUCAUCAUUCGCGGCAUAUGCAUCAACAUGUGGAACAUCAGCCACCAUCGCCGCCGCCAACUUUGCAACAGCAACAACAUGUGCACCAUCAUAGCCAACAUCAUCAGACUCAACAGCAGCAGCAACUUCAACAGCAGCAGCAACAGCCAAGCACUGUCGCUGAGGCCGUUGUUGCUGCCGAACAUCGCCAGCGGUUGCUCGAAGAUGAAAUUGAAAAUCUCAAAUUGGAACAGACGCGCUUAUCGCAGCAAUGCGUUGAUGCACAGCGGCGCGAAAAAAUACUCAUGCGCCGUUUGGCCAAUAAGGAGCAAGAAUUUCAGGAUUAUGUGAGCCAAAUUGCCGAAUACAAAGCAGCACAAGCACCCACUGCUUUGGCACUGCGAGCGGCUUUGCUUGAUCCCGCUGUUAAUUUGCUUUUUGAGAAGCUCAAGAAAGAGCUAAAAGCUACCAAAGCCAAGUUGGAGGAAACCCAAAAUGAAUUGUCCGCUUGGAAGUUCACACCAGAUUCUAAUACUGGCAAACGUUUGAUAGCCAAAUGUCGUUUGUUAUAUCAAGAAAAUGAGGAACUGGGUAAAAUGACUUCCAACGGUCGCUUGGCCAAACUUGAGACUGAAUUGGCUAUGCAAAAAAGCUUUUGCGAAGAAGUAAAGAAGUCACAAUCAGAGGUCGACGAUUUUCUACCCGAAUUAGACGAAGAUGUUGAAGGCAUGCAAAGUACAAUCUUAUUCCUGCAGCAAGAACUGAAGACCACCCGCGAUCGCAUACUAACUUUGGAGAAGGAAAACUAUCAAUUGAAAACUGGCAAUUUGGACAAUGAGAAUACUAUUAAAGUAACAGAUGCAGAAGUCACUGAUGCCAAUACCCCUGCUCUGCACAGUAGCCAUAAUGGCGCUGUUGCUCCUUGCAACAUGACAGUAAAUGUUGCCGAAACCUGUGCCAUACCCUACAACACUAACGCCGCAACUAUUAACAACGCCAGCAGCACUGUUCUUCCGCCAAUGCACAAUACGCUCAACAAUGCCAACGAAUUAAAAUAUGCUGCAACACGACCUUUGGAGACCAUCGAUGAAAAUUCUUGUCUACGCAACUAUGGCACACCAAAAGACUUCUACAAUGGCAAUGAGGAGCAACCACAUGUGCCAAUCGCGGUGGCUAAACAAAUGCCGGAAGCUGAUGGAAACAAUGCUUUGAAUCCCUUCAUUACCGCCUCACCUGUUGUGGCAGGUGGCGCCAUGCUACGCACAGUCGCCUCGCGUAAACGUAAUUAUGAUUGCAGUGAACUGAAUGAUAGUCCAGCCGCCGUUAUCGCGCCCGCUACGCCGACGCAUGUAACCGCGCCACGCACGUUGCCACCCAAAAAGUCCAAAUUACGCCGCACUUCGGUGCAAUCGAAUGAAAUCAAUGAUUAUGACGCCGCAAAUUGUGUUGGCAAUAAUAAUGCACAACAACAACAAAUGUUGGGUGGCAUUAAUACCGGCAUUGCGGCAGUGGAUCCUCUAAGUAUUGUCGACAAUGCGGUGGUUGGUAUGGCAAAUGAGGAGCACAGCAGUGGCCUGGCGAUCGACGAGUCAGCCAUGGAAGCGGGUGGUAAUAAUGGCGGUGUUGCGCUGCGUAUUAUGACGCGAAGACGUUCCGUCCGUCAACAGCAAAAUGGCAAUAUCGGGGGCGAUAGUAAUCAUUAGGGCGGUUGUGUUGAUGAAAUCUGCAAAGUGCUGAUGCGCGAAACUGAGCUAGUUCUAUUUACAUACAUACAUAUAAUAUCGUGAAGGUAUAAAUGCAUAUAUUUUUAUUGCGACUUGAAUGUUAAAGUGAAAAAACGAUACUAUAGUGUUUUAAAAUAAAGAGAAUAAACAAAGGAAUAUGCAGAAUAUAAUGAUGCUAAGGGAAAUUAAACAAUAACUGUGUAAUAAACAAAAAACAAACAUAAAACAAUUAAGAAAUUAAGUAACCGGCAACAAAUGUAGUAAAAAAUACUUGCAAAUUUUAUUUAAAGAAAUAUUGCGGGUAAUAUAUUCAAAAAACAAAAACAAAAAAAAAAAAACAAUUCUACGCUGUAAUGAAUUUAUUUGUGUUGCUGAAUAAUGUCCACAGUUUCAAUAUGGUUUUUACAUAUUCAUUUAGAAAAAUUUUUGCAAAAUAUUAUUUUAUAUUACAAAUUUACUUUAGUUUAUGCAUUGUUUUGUUUACUUAGCUGUAGUGCAAAUAAAAAAAGAGAAAAAUUAUUGAAAUUAACCGUUGAAGUCAUGUUAUGCUUUUGCUCUACACUCUAUUUUGUUUCAAUUUGUUAUUAAAAGCAACAACAACAAAUAACUACAAACAUUUUGAUGUGUUUCAAAAUGUUGAGAUUUCUGUAGUGAGAUUAAAGCCUUGAUGUGGCAUUAGUUACAUUGAAUGUUUAAUAAAAACACAAAAAAACACACGAAAUAAUACAAACAUACAAAUAAUCUGUAUAAAUUAAGUUAAUAAAUAAUCAGGUUUAACACAAAAAUAAUUGCUGAAUUUCAUUUGUGUGGAAGCUGCCGUCGAAACUCGCCCUUCAAGUAUCUGCGUUUGGCGCGUUGCUGAGUGGCGUGAGCUUGUGCUUUGAUAGUUUUGAAAACUAAAUUGUAAAUGUUCCAUAUUUUAGUAGCUACAAGUAUUCAAUACGGAUAAAAUCUGGUAGUGUGCUUUGUGUUAUGUUGAAAGCUAUUAAGCUUAAAAAUGUCAUAGCAAAUGUCAAAUGCGCAUUGAAUAUUUAAUGUAUUUCAUGGGCUCGGAUUUAACUAAUAUUUUACAUUUUUUACAGAUACAUGUUAUUUUUGAUCUUUCUCGUUUUUGCCGUGAAAAUUUCGCUACUUUUUAAACUUUUUGGAAUUUUCAAACACUUCCAAAGCAUGUGCUUAACUAAAAAAAAAAUUUGUUUAGGAAAACAAAGUAAAUGUUAACCGUGACUCAGCAGUUUUGUGAGUAGUUUCGAUAAUAAAAAUAAAGCGUUUUUCACUAAUUGUGUGAGUAGUUUCGAUUAAUCGCGCAACGACUUGCAUAAUUUUUCAACUGCAUGAAAUCUGCAACAAAUUUACAAAGAAAGUGAUUGAGGGAAUAUACGAAUGUGUUGUUAUAUCUUAAAGUAGCUUAAGUCGAUUUAACGCAUUUCAAGACGAGUUGACUUAUUCUGUCGAACUGAUAAGAGAUUUAGUGCUGUAGUUUAUCAUAAACACGCGCUUAGAUGUGGUAGCUUGAAAUAAUUGAUUUUUAAUGGAAACGAAAGCAGCUUUGUUAGAUUAAAUUAACUUAAACUGCACUAACUUAUUCAAUAAAUUUUCAAAAUUUUUUUGUAGUUUAUUGUGAAUUUUAUUAUUUUUAUUUCCAUAUGUUAUAAUUUUUUCAUUACUUUUUAAUUCUUUUUUUUGCAUAUUUUUAUAAUUUUUUUUUAUUGUUUUAUAAAUUUUCUUUAUUUUUUUUGUAAAGAAAAAUUUAAUAAUUUUUUGUUUAAUAUUUAAAUUAUUUUUUAUUUUUAUUAUAUAUUUUGUAUAUGUUUUUAUUUUUUGUAUAAAUUAUUUUUUUAGAUCGUUGUUGCCUGGCUUUUAAAUUUUGCACAAAUUUAACAUUUUUAAAAAUAUUUAUUACUAAAAAAAUACUGUUUAAAACAAAUUGUGUUACUAUUAACUAUUUUUAACAAUUUUAUCAUUUAAAACAUGCUUCUAAUUGUACUUUUAUAUUAAUUGUACUUAUUUUAAUUUUUAAUUUUUUUUUAACUAUGCUAAAUUAGUGGUUUAUUAUUAUUUUUACUUUAAAUUGUGUUUGAAAUAUUUUAUUAGCUUGAAACUCAUCUCCAGCAUACACACAUAUACAUAUAAAUAGAUAACCUACCUUUUUAGUAGCAUUUUUAAAGAGCAAGUAAAUAUAAUUAAAAUAUCCUUAUUGUAAAUUUUAUAAAUGAAAUGAAAUCUGCAAUCUUCCAAACUGGUUUAAACCCGUAAAGGCACUUAUAUUUAACCACUCCAGCAACAAGAAUAAAACUAAGCUUAAAAUU